AUGAGUGUUACGGCAAACCCAAAGAAAACUGCUGCUCCCCCGAUUGUUAAGUUGAACAAUGCCUUCAAAUUGGCUGAGGUAUGGGUAAAAGGUAUGAGCGGAUCUGCAGAUGAUGAAACAACAAAUGUGAAUACGGAGGGAAGACCUCAUAAGCUUGGUCUAGGUGCAAAAGUUCCACGGCAAUCCAACAUAGGGCUCUCGAAUGACCCUGUCGAAAGGAAUUUGCAUGCCAAAUUGGAUGCUGAUAAAAGAAAAGCAGCCAAUAUUGCCAAAGAGUCUACUCCGUUUGCAAGUGACAGUCUAGAUGAUGACGAAGACGACGAAGACGAAAGCAGAACUAAUGCUUUUGCCAAGAGAAAGGCAGCAGUUCCUUUGACCCCGCCUAUAAUGGGAAAUAAGAAAAGGAAGCUACACUAA